CUCCCUGCUGGUUUCCUGCUAUGGAAUGGGCGGCUUCCAGGGCUGAUGAGCUGUGUGUGCGAGUGCGGCCUCCACAAGCUUUGCCCUGAUACACAGCCAGGGGUCCAAGAAGACACUUCCCGGGGCUCCUCAGAAGGAGAGGCCCAGAGGAGGGGGCGUGCUGGGAGCCCUGAUGGGGGCUCUGGAAACGGCGUCCACCCAAGGCCUGUGAGCCGCCACCUGUCCAAACUCUUCGACAGUCUCUGCAAGCUCAAGUUCCGUCUGGACGCUAACGGAAAACCGCUCAAGUUUGGGCUGGGCAUGUACAGCAAGGAAGACGAGUAUGUGGACUUUGAUAAGGAGUGUGACCUCUCGGGCCAGGUGGAAGUGUGGCUGAACCGGGUGCUGGACCGGAUGUGCGCCACGCUCCGCCACGAGAUCCCAGAAGCCGUGGUGACGUAUGAGGAGAAGCCGAGGGAGCAGUGGAUCUUUGACUACCCAGCCCAGGUGGCGCUGACGUGCACCCAGAUCUGGUGGACGACGGAGGUGGGCAUGGCGUUCGGGAGGCUGGAGGAAGGGUACGAAAAUGCCAUCAAAGACUACAACAAAAAGCAGAUCAGCCAGUUGAAUGCGCUCAUAACCCUGCUCAUCGGCAACCUCAGCCCUGGCGACAGGAUGAAGAUCAUGACCAUCUGCACCAUCGACGUGCACGCCCGGGACGUGGUGGCCAAGAUGAUCAUCGCCAAGGCAGGAGAGCCCCGCUGGCGCCGCUGUCCCUCAGGGCGGGGCCUGGACUGGGGGCGGGGCCUAAGGCAGGGCCUGGAGACCAUACGCCCUGUCAAGGGCUCCAGCUUCCAUUGCCUCCUCUUCUCAGGGUGUUGA